GUCAUACUCAGGUUCCGGGGUCCGGUCUUGAAGAGAUGGCGGAGGAAGGAGGGCAGGCCGAGGCUGAAGCCCGACGAGCGGGCGAGGAAGGCGAGCUUCGGCUGAGGGGCGCCGCGGAGCAGUCCUCGCGGCGCCUGGUGGUCCCCCUCUCCUGGCUGUCCCCGGCGGGCGAGCUGCCCGCGGGGCUCGGGAGCUGGUAUCCGGCCCUGGAGGUCUUGGACGUGAGCGGGACGGGGUUGUCGGUGCUGGGCCCCGAGCUGCUGGACCUGGCGCAUCUGCACACGCUGCUGGCGAAGAACAACCGGCUGGGGUGCCGCGGGUCCCUCCCGAAGGGCCUGGCCAGCGCCCCCCUGGGCCGGUCCUUGCGCGUCCUCAACUUGAGCGGCAACCGGUUCACGCACUUCCCAGCCUCGCUCCUGGGCCUCUCUCGCCUCCAGAGCCUCAGCCUGGGCAGCAACCGCCUCCAGAGCAUCCCCCCUGCCAUUCAGGAGCUCAGCAGUUUAGAAUUUUUGUAUCUUGGGGGAAAUUUCAUUACUUCCAUUCCACCAGAGUUAGCAAACCUGUCUUCACUAAAUUACCUAGUCCUCUGUGAUAACAGGAUACAGAGUAUUCCACCUCAGUUGGCACAGUUGCAUUCACUUCGCUCUCUUAGCCUUCACAAUAACUUACUGACAUACCUUCCUCGGGAGAUCCUGAAUCUGGUUCAGCUUGAAGAACUGAGUUUGCGUGGGAAUCCUUUGGUUGUGAGAUUUGUCCGUGAAUUGACCUACAAUCCUCCAAGCCUCCAAGAACUGGCUGGACGCACUAUCAAAACUCGCAAUAUUCCUUAUGUUACUAGUGAUCUCCCUGGAAAUCUCUUUCGAUAUUUGAAUCUGGCCAGCAAUUGUCCUAAUCCUAAGUGUGGAGGAGUCUAUUUUGACAGCUGUGUCCGCCAAAUAAAAUUUGUCGACUUCUGUGGGAAAUACCGGGUUCCACUGAUGCACUACCUUUGUUCCCCAGAGUGUUCUUCCCCUUACAGUUCUGCAUCUCAGAGUUCUAAUUCCCAGAGUGAAUCUGAUUCAGAAGAUGAAGCCAUUGUUGCUGCACGCAGGAUGCAAAAGGUUCUUUUGGGAUAGGAAGAAGAGAUAAUACAAGAAGCAAGUGCCUGAUGUCCUGUGGAAUAGGCUUGCCUAUGAUAUAUCAUUCGCAGAAAAUGCACCUGUAGAAUUAUCCAUAAGAAAGCCACUAAAUGCCUUAGGGAGAAAUUAAUAUAAAGACUUCUUACAGCUUGCUGUCUGGAAGAACACUCUUAAAGCUUGAGAUGUUUCAGGAAUUCUUGGCAUUGGUGACUUGUUAGAGAUAUUUUAAACUUCAUCUCUUGAUACUGGCUUUGAAGUGGAUUAUCUUUAGUCACUGAGAUAACACUAAUACUUAUCUAAGAAUACAGUGUAGGAGUUCUUUGUGUUAAGCAACUAUUCUACUUGAAUAUUGGUCUUCCCCUAAAGGUGCUUGGGCCUUAUAUAUUUAUUUUUAACUUCCUCCAAAAUGCACGAAUUUCAAAUUUGUUACUUCUUUAUUUUGCUUCACUGCCUAUGAUCAAAUGCUAUGCUAUAACAGCAUUAACGUGCCUUUCCAUAUUUUUAUACCAGCUCCAUUUUUCUGCCCUUCAGUGCAUUCCUAAAUUGUACCUCCAAAUAUUUAGAAGCAAAAUAAUUGCUUUUUUGGUAGCAUUUUUGCUAUUUCUUGACAACUGAAAUAGGUGUGUGUGAAAUAGGUGUGCAUAGCAAAAGACAGACAAAAUGAAAAACUGUAUUUUGCCAGUUACGUUGUCCCAAUUUCCUUUAGGGGCUAAAUUCAAUGGGCUGCUCAGUGCUCCCUAUUGCUAGUGCUCUUGAAAGUUGUGGUUCAGCAGAAUUGGGGAGGUUUCCAAUUUCUGUAUUAUGCUAUCAUUAAGUGCCUUCCUUGGGUUUUCUUCUUGAAGCCUGCCAUUUUCUAUCUUGUGAUAAAGAUAAAGAAUUCACUUUCAAAGUUCCUUUAAAAUAACAUUGCAAAUUUUUUGCACAUACCUAGAUGCCAUUAUUUGUCACAUUUUAUGUUAUGAGUUGUAUUUCAUGAUAUGUAAUUAUCUAAAUAUGUAUCCAUACAUUUAACAAAUAUAAAAGUCAGAUUUUUACCAAUCCAUUUAUUUCUUCCAUUCUCGUUACUGCAAAGUUACUUACAUUAUAUCCUUACUCUCUUCUCUUGUUCAUACUCACAUUAGAUUUUAUCAUAUGUGCAUUGCCUUUUUGCAAGUCCUGACCCAAAUUUCCUGCCUCUCACAUUUCUAAACAUGUUGAAGUGUUGAAGAUACCUCAUACAUUUAGGGAUAUAUCUAGUCUAUAAAAGAUAAAUAUUCACAGAGAAGUUGCUGUUAUUAGGCAUCACUAGGCUUAUCAGUGACAGUGUUGGUAAACUUAUGCAAUCAUUUUUCAGCACACAACACUCGUAGUAUCACAGACAAUUGUGACUUCCCUUUUUUUUACAGUACAUAAGCUCUUCUCCACAGGUUUAUGUGGGUUCUUCAGUCUUUUCCAGAAGCAGUAUUUCUUUUGCAGAUUGAAUGAGUAUUAUCAAUAGUAAUCACAUGUUGAAUGCUGAUUAUAAGUAAUACUUUUGCAAUGGAUAGACUCUUUUCUGAAUGAUGUUAGGAAUGCUCUCGGCUAAAUAGAAAUCCAUAUGUAUAAUAAGUGAGAAGGGAAUCUCACACAGAAAGAUCCCAGCAUUUUAGAAAGGAAUGCAGUAUUAUUACUGGGAUCAUUGCAAGAUUUGUAAAAGAAAUUGGGAUCUACAGCUAUUUGUACUUUUCCAUUGUGGCAUCUGCCUCCAGUGAAAUAUUUUCUGUUUGAUAGGAUUGGUUUGUGGACUUGCAUGAAUACAUAUAUUUACUCCCAAAUCUUUGAGACGGCUCAUUUCAGAACCAUUCCAGCCAUUUCAAUGGCUGAUUUCAUACAUAUAUACAGUAUAUAUAGAAAGAAAUAUUAUGGAGUGAAUGUGUGUAUGCUUCCUUUGGCCAGAAUCCCCUAUCAGAUUAACUUAUAUUUAGAUUCAGAUAUUAUUGAACUCUGGUUUCCACCAACCUCAGUCAACCACAAUACAAUAGUGUACUGCAAGAUCUUUAGCAUCUAGAAAACGAUCUGGUUUUACAAAGAAUGUCUUUAAGGAAGUUUAAGAAAUGCUGCUUUUAACAGCAAUAUACAGUAUAUUUUCCCCAUGUUCCCUUGUUAAUAUAAUCUAAUUUACUAAAAUGGUCAAAAUGGAAAAAUCCAUUUUUAUCAUAACAUGAAAUUAAUAUUGCAACCUUAACUUAGAAUUAACUCCUAUACAUUCACUAAGGCUUGGAAAUAGAUUUAAAAGGAGUGUUUUCAGACCUGAACUUGAUUAUUAUUUCAUUUUAGCAUUAUAGUUACAACUGAUGCAUGCAGGCAUAUACGUAUUCAUUCAGUCUGCAAUUUCCAUCUUGAGAGUGAGUCUCAUACUUCUUUCCUCUGAACAUUUUAUGUUAUAUCAACCCAAUUCAUGAUUUUGGAGAACUUAGAAUGUUUGCAAAUUAUUUGGCGACAUUUAUGUUGAUUCCAAGUAAGAUACAAUCUAACUGAAUUUUAUUGUUUUUCUUAGGUAUAAUAGCUCUAUUUUUUCUGUUAAUUUAUUAAUGAUUUAUGUCUUUAAUGGAAUCUUGAUACUAUUUGAUGUCAGUCCUAUUACAGGUAAAACCUAAUAUUGAUUCUUGUUUAAUUUGGCAUUUUUUGAUAAUAAGCUUAGGCAAAAUACAUUUUCUAGUUUUUCCAUAGAUUGAUCUUAUUCUAAACUGAUUGAAAAUAUUGUUUGUACAUGUGCUCCACCUGCAGGCAUGCAAGGUUUCAUUAAAGCAUUGUUUAGAUUU